AUGACUAAUUUCUCAAAAGAGAUGAAAAGUCCCUUCUUUCUAAAUGGCUCCCAGAAUGAGACACAGACCCAGCCAAGCAAACAGGGAAUGGAGACACAGAAUGCAACUUCACUAAUGGAAUUUGUUCUGCUGGGUCUUCUGAAACACACCAAAGUCCACACCGUCUUCCUGGCCAUGAUCUUACUGGCCUUCAUUACUGCCCUGACGGGGAAUGCUCUGCUCCUGUUUCUAAUCCAGGUGGAUUCCCGCCUUCACACCCCCAUGUAUUUUUUCCUUAGCCAGUUGGCCUUCACAGACAUCGCUCAAGGCUUCGUCAUUAUCCCCAAAAUGUCAGCAGACUUCCUGAUCCCAGGCAACCCUAUUUCUGUGACUGAGUGUGGGGUUCAGAUUUUCCUCAUGAUGACCAUGGGUGGAGCAGACUGCCUCCUUCUGACAGUCAUGUCCUAUGACAGGUACAUAGCUAUCUGCAAACCCUUGCAGUACCCCAUCCUCAUGAGCAGGAACAUCUGCUUUCUUUUAACAGCUGUGGUCUGGAUUGGUGGAUCUGUAAAUGCCUUAAUUCACGUAGCGUUUACACUGGCUUUCCCUCACUGUGGCUCAAAAGAGAUUGACCACUUCUUCUGCGAGAUCCCAGCCCUGCUAAAGUUGUCCUGCUCUGAUACCUCCCGCUAUGAGACUACAGUGCUCGUGAGUGGCAUUGUCCUGCUUCUCAUCCCUUCUUCCAUUAUAAUAGCAUCUUAUACACACAUCCUCUCUGCAGUCCUGAGGAUGAGGACCAAGUCAACCAGAGGACAGCAGAAAGCUCUGGCUACUUGCUCCUCACAUCUGACAGUGGUGGGGCUAUUCUAUGGGGCAGGCAUCUUCAUGUACAUGCGACCCAGUGCCUACCACUCACCAGAGCAAGACAAGAUUGUGUCUCUGUUUUACACCAUUGUCACCCCAGUACUGAAUCCAUUCAUCUACAGCCUGAGAAACAAGGAUGUUUUAGGAGCCCUAAGAAAUCUGGUGGGGAAAUGCAGAGUCCUUCAGUAA